GGCGCGAGAUGCGCGCUGCAUUUCCUCCGCUGGGCCGGGCCAAGUUUGAAAAAGUUCCCCGCCGGCGCCGGACGGGCUCCGGUGGCUGCAGCGGCGAUGGCGUCCGGGCAGAUCCAACAGGUCCCAGAUCCAGCAGGGAUCCAGCAGAAACUGGAAUCCCAAAAGGAAUCCAUCCGCCGGGCCAUCCAGAAAGAGCUGAAAAUCAAGGAAGGGGCUGAGAAUUUGCGGAGGGCGACCAAAGACAAGAAGAAUUUGGUCCACGUGGAGACGGCUCUGAAAUCAUCCAGCCGGAAGUUGGAGCAGUUGCAUUGCCAGCUCCAAGCACUCCAAGCUCGGAUUGUCACCGGGGAGCGAGACGGUGGCCAAUCAGAUGCAAACGGGCCACCCGAUCUCAAGCUUUGGGGAAAAGACCCCAACCACAUUUCAAAAAGGCUGGAGGCUUUGAAGAAACAGCUUCACAUUGAGCUGAAAGUAAAGCAGGGAGCCGAGAAGAUGCUCCAGGUCUAUUCCAGCACAGCAAAGGAGCGGAAACUCCUGGCAGCUGCUCAGCAAACAUUUCAGGACAGCAAGACGAAAAUUGAGCAGAUCCGUAUGGAGAUGCUGAAGCUGUCUCAGGCGACGGGUGCUCCAGAGGUAGCAGGCAGGGGCCCCACCUUGCUUCCGGAGCUGCGUCUGGAAGAACUGAGGCAUCGCCUGCGGAUUGAAGCGGCGGUGGCUGAGGGAGCCAAAAACGUGGUGAAGAUCCUGGGCGGACGGCGGGUGCAGGACAGGAAGAUGUUGGCAGAGGCUCAGGCUUGUCUGCAGGAAUCCUCCCAGAAGAUCGAUCUCUUUCGACUGGCUCUCGAGCAUCUUCUGAGCCAACUUUCUCCAGAUGACCCAAAACGGGGGCUGAUCAAGCAAGAGAUAAGGGACACCUUCUCCCUUGGGGCCCAACAGUCGCCCCCGACUUCGAUCAGGCCCACGGCUCUCACAGGUAGACUUCAGGUCCGUUUGGUCGGCUGUGAAGACCUCCUGGAGAAGAUCUCGGGCCGUUCCCGUGUGGCCACUUCCUUGCCGGUUUCCACGAGCCCCGGGGACUUCAAGCUCUUGAGUCGGACGUGGGUUGGGGUCAACAUCCCUGGCCGGGGGUCUGCAGGAAAGCUCCUUCGCCAGGAGGAACUCAGCAGAGAAGUCCUUGCAGUUCUCAAAGUCGACAACAAGGUUGCGGGUCAGACCAACUGGGGCCCGGUUAGCAGGCAAUCUUGGAACCAGAGUUUCACGGUCGAGUUGGAGAGGUCUCGGGAGCUGGAGAUCUCCGUCUAUUGGCACGACUGGCGCCAACUCUGCGGGGUGGCAUUUCUGCGCCUGGAUGGCUUCCUGGACAACGCCAGGCACCCCAUGGCGGUUUCCCUCGAACCCCGAGGGACGCUCUUCCUAGAGGUGACAUUCAGCCAGCCGGUCGUUGAGACCCAUGCCAAGCUGCAACGCCAAAAGCGCAUUUUCCCCAAACAGAAAGGGAAAGAGUUUCUCCGAGCUUCUCAGAUGAACGUCAACAUUGCCACCUGGGGACGUUUGAUGAUGAGCCUUCUGCCCCCUUGCAGUUCCUUGAAUGCUUCGAGCCCCCCUUUCCAAGGGUCUCUGCGACCAGAUGUUGCUUCUGCAGCUGCUGCUGAGGACAGCCCGGGGCCUUUGGGGUCCAGCACUUCCCCUCCGGUGAAGCUGAUCCGGGGAAAUCAGCCGCCCCCUAAGCCCCCCCGCCUCUUUCUGCCUCUUUCGCGCAAGGAAACCGUCGCGUCUCCAACAGAUCCGGCGGACCAGAAGGCUCGCCUCCUCCAUGGAAAAACAGGCAACUUGCAACAAACCAGCAUCAGGAGGACCACUCUGCGGCUUGAAGACUUCUGUUGUAUGGCGGUGCUUGGGAGGGGCCAUUUUGGAAAGGUCUUGCUCGCCCGUCACAAGGCCACCCAGAAGCUCUUCGCCAUCAAAGCCCUGAAGAAGCAGGAGAUAAUCAGCCGGGAUGACCUCGAAAGCUUGUAUUGUGAGAAACGUAUUUUUGAAGUCAUCAAUUCUUCCGGUCAUCCCUUCCUGGUCAACAUGUUUGCCUGUUUCCAGACUUCGAGUCACGUAUGUUUUCUGAUGGAUUACGCUCCUGGCGGGGACCUCAUGAUGCACAUCAGCUUCAACAAUUUCUCUGAAGAUACAGCUCGGUUCUGCUCUGCCUGUGUUGUCUUAGGACUUCAGUUCUUACAUGAAAAGACCAUCAUUUACAGAGAUUUGAAAAUGGAUAACUUGCUCCUAGACGCUGAAGGAUUUGUGAAGAUUGGGGACUUUGGGCUUUGCAAAGAAGGUGUAGGUUUUGGAGACCGGACAAGCACCUUCUGUGGCACCCCAGAAUUCCUGGCUCCGGAAAUUUUGACGGAUCCAUCCUACACCCGGGCAGUGGACUGGUGGGGUCUCGGUGUGCUUAUUUUUGAGAUGCUCGUGGGAGAGUCUCCGUUCCCCGGUGACAACGAAGAAGAGAUGUUCGAUAGCAUCAUCAGUGAAGAAGCCCAUUUCCCGCGAUUCCUCUCCGAGCUCAGCACUUCGCUUAUGCACAAGCUUCUCCAAAAGUGUCCCGAGCGACGUCUCGGAGCAGGAGCAAAAGACGCCGAGGAGAUCAAAAUUCAUCCUUUUUUCAAGGAGAUAAAUUGGGCUGCUCUGUUUUCACGGAAGCUCAAACCACCUUUGGUGCCCAUCCUCAAAAGUGCCACUGACGUCAGCAACUUUGACAAGGAGUUCACGUCUCAAAAGCCAGUCCUCACACCUCCGGAUGACGCCCCCCCUCUCUCCGUCAAGGAACAAGCCAGGUUCAAGGAUUUCGACUUCCUUUCCAAACACCUCCUGGAUGUCUGAGUUUGGACCUGAUCCCUGCACUGCUGCUAAAGAUCCCACCCACCCCCUCUCAGCUGCUGCUCAAGACAAGCUUUAACAGAUCACAGUUUGUGGAAACCGACAUUUCCAAGCAUUAUUUCUUUUACAUUUGUCCAGGCACAAUUUUUUAAUCCUCUGACUCUGGCCGCAAGAACCAUCUAAGAACUGGUCAACUUCCAUCGGUUCCCCACUAAUUCUGAAUUGUUGGGGACGGGGCCAACAAUUUAUAGAGAUUUUAUGCCGGAUAGGUUGUGAGUCUUGAGAAGGAAUUGUGACUUUAUUUACAGCCUUCUGGAAGGCUGAUAAAAGCUGUGCAUGCAAACGUCAGUCCUGCCAUUUGGGGUUUGCUCUGAAAAUCCAUCAAGUCCCCCUCCAAACGUUUUGCUGUAGGAUCCAGUAGACUUAAGAAACCAACGGUCCAUUCCAGGACUGUUUCGCUUGGCCUCCUCCAUCAAGACAAGAUGGAGCAUCCAAAAAGCAGGACGAGGACGAUAGCUGUGUGUUUGGGAACCUCGUCUCUUCUCCAGCCCUUCAAAGAUGCUUUCUAGCGGGCCCAGAACCCUCCAAGGAAAACCUAAUACCAUUUUUAGACGUGUAUGAAUGAAACUAUGAUUGUUUCUUGUCUGCAUUUUGCGAUGAGUCGACUCCGACCGGACGAAGGAAGGAACCUGGCUCUCAAAAAAGGUAGGGGAUAUAGUAAGGUGUAGUUUGCACUAAGUAGAUCUUUCUCAAGCUUGACAACUUUAAGAUGGGUGGGCCUCAACUCCCAGAAUUCCCCCCAGACUGCUUUGGGAAUUCUGGGAGUUGAAAUCCACCCAUUUUAAAGUUGUCCAGGUUGAGAAAUACUGACCUAAAGCAGAGGUCUCCCAUCUUGGCCACUUUUAAGACUCCCAGAAUUCCCCGUCCACAAGUCUUAAAAAUGGUCAAGUUUGGAGACUUUACGAUUUAAAAGAUGAAGUAUUUGACCCACUCGGAUCUCUUGGCCUCGCCUGCAACCCCCAGCCCUGGAGGGGGGAAAUCUGCUCCCCCAUCCCGUUGGGUCCCACAGCUGGAAACUCUGCACAUCUGGCCAAGCUGUUUCUAUCCAUAUGGGACCUCCGGUUAGGCAGGAGGCGGAAUGAUCGGCAGGCAGAACGCACGCUCCGAUUGGCGUGGAAUUCGAACUCUAUCCUCCCGCAGACGACUGCAAGAGAUGUCCAGUGUUGGUUGUGAACAAAGUGAGUUUCUGUUCUUCCUAUGGCUUUGGAAACAAAGACAGCCCUUUUCCUUGUUCCCGGACUCAGCCCAGGGCGCACAAUGCCUCUCUUUCAAGACGGUCCCUCCGUCAGGCCUCAGCUGCCUCAGUUUCCCUGUCUGCUUCGCCUCCGGAGAUGUCACUUUUGGGGGUGAUAGAGUGAAUUUAUGAGAAUUGUAUUUUUUCUUUCCUCUCCACAUCAGGAAUGGGAUGCAAGUGCCCUCCUGUUCAGAGGGAGGGACGGGAGAGAGAAGAGAGGAAACUCGAUGCAAAAUGCGUCUCGCCUUUCGGUCAUUCACUGUGAUUGAAUUAAUUUAAAAUUAAACUCAUUUCAAUAAGAAAGAAGGGCAUGUUUUCUAAAAUGGGGAAAUCCUGCUAGCGUGAUUGAGCGUCUGCAAGAGGCAGGAAAGUUUUUUUCCCCCCCAGUUGCCAAUCCAUGUCCUGGGCUACCUGGUAUCUCCAGUCCUGAUGUGGAUGAUAGGAACCGUAGUACAAGAUACUGAAGAGCCCCUUUUUCUUUUCACCAACAUUUUUGUUUUGUUAAGGAACAAAAUUGGACGUGGGAAAAUGACUGGCUCAGGCCCCGCCCAUGUUUAAGCCCCACCCUCCCAUCUCUUGGCACAUGCCCCACCCCGAGCCAACAAAACCGCAUCCUUUGAUGCAAGCUUUGGUCUUUUUAUUAAAAUUAGUGUUGGAUUAAAAUCAUUUUU